AUGCUGCACUGUUUGGAUCUUUGUUUCCCGAAGAAACUCAAGGUAUUGUCCUCUUCAGAUGAAUUUUUUCACUUUUAGUUUCAAUCAGUCAUAGAGUAAACUUUUCGGCGGGUGUAUACGAUUUAUGUUCGUAGUGAUUUAUUGUACUUAGUCAGUGUUUUGAAGUUUAUUUAGGCAAUUUCAGUUGUUUUAAAUAUUCUUUAGGCCUUUUGCCAAGUUCUCAAAAAUUUCGAGGAAUCGUUGUAGUUAUUGUAAUUUUUUGUAAAUUUUAGAACAUUCGCUUCUCAUGUUGUGUAAAGGAUCUUUCCCCCGGAACACCCGAUUUUUUCUUUAGCAGCGCAAAUGCACAUGCGCUAUCAAGCCGUAGAUCAACGAUGGUGUGGCGAUGCUACGAAGGAGCGACACAGUUUUGUUUUCAAAUAUAUAAGUAUUUCAGACGUGAAUAUUAAGUAAAUCUUUGAGAAUCUACGCAAUAUAUAAAUUGAUGUUAUGCAUUAUGGGCAUUCAAUCAAAUAGGCCCUACCGAUAUUAUUUAGACGGUAUAUUCAUUAUAGCCUACAGAGCUGGGAAGGAGCGAUACAGUAUUGUUUUCAAAUAUAUAAACAUUUCAGACAUGAAUAUUGAGAAAAUCUUUGAGAUUCUACGCAAUAUAUAAAUUGAUGUUUUGGAUUUUACUGGCAUUCAAUUAAUACUUUAAGUGCCGAUAUAUAUUGUUUAGACCGUGUAUUCAUUAUACAUCGACUGUAUAAGGUGCUAGCCAACGUGUUAUCGCCAACCGCUUGACUUCCCAGCAAGCUUUAUGAAAUAGAAGAAAAAGGCAAGGAGCUAUCCAACGUGUACAGUUACGGGCCUUGUUCACAUGUCUGGCACAACGGUGCAAACUCGUGUUCAAUGCAAUAUUCAAUGCAAUGAGAACUCUACCUGAUCUUACGAGAAUCUAUCUGUAUCAAAGCUUUAUCAAAACUGCUAUAAACACUGCUAUAACUGUGAAACUAUUGACAUCUAAAGUGACAUUGAAUACUUGCGAAAAGCUGAAAAUGACCUCAGGAAAAUGACUCAUGAAAAACAAAUUGAUCUUGGGAAUAUAAAGUCAAAGGUCAAUGAGACUGUUAUUGUGAAACCUGUCACAAUUAGUUUAAAGAUAAAGAGCAGAGCCCAGCAAAUAACUUUAAAACCAAACAUAAUAAAAGUAAGAAAUUUAUUAGCUAACGUGUUUCGUUGUUACAAAACAACAUCUUCAGAGCAAUCUAUAAAUGAAUUUACAGGAUAUGGUAGUAUAUUUACAAAAUAAUGGUUUAAUAUUACAAAAACGGUUUAUUACAUAGUUUGAAAGAACAAAUGAAUAGAAAGAAAGGAAAACAACUUAUCAGUAACUAUAGUUAAUUAGUAAGAAUUAACAUAGUAUAGUUAAGGGUAAAAUUACAUAACUAAAAUAACUCAAGAGGGGUAGAUCUAAUAUUAGCAUUAAGGACAGGGUUAAGUUGAGAUAUUAAUAGGCUUUCACGGAUAAGAAGAUCCCCCUCAAAAGUGGCUAAUGAUAGGAUUUUGAAAUCAGACGCGGAGACUGGGUGCUUGUGCAUGUGUUUGUGAGCGAGUAUACUAGACAUGGUUGAGAUAGAGCGUUCUUUUCCAGUCACAGGCGAGACUCCCAUAUGCUCUGGGAUACAUGUGUGAAUGUGUCGGCGUGUUUGGCCAACAUACAAUGCGCUACAGCAUUGACACGUGAACCGAUACACAACAUGUGAUCUCAGGGCAAUGGGAAUCCUGUCUUUAAAUGGAAAGAAACUAGAAAGGAGACAAGAGGGACGGAAAACAACACGUAUGGAAAUAUGUGGAUAAGCAGAAGCAAGAACUUUACUAAGUUGUGAACGGAUAUGUAGACCAUGAUGUCCAGUUUCUUGGAACAUGUAUGGACCAUGUCUUUGGUGUUAGGUCCCUACCUACACUGGUGUAUAGACCAUUCAAAAGUUCUUUAAUGUCUAUAUCUCAGGUAGUUGUAUCAUCUACAGAGUCGUCUGGCACCCACUGUUAAAAAAAUUAUGUCAGAUACUAUAGUUUGAAUAAAUAGUUGAUAUUUAACAAAUAUAAAAUAUUUUCCGUGUUGAUAUACAGUUUUGGUAUUUUUGCACAAGUGAACAUAACAAAUCCUACAAGGUGAUUGGUCAAAUUUGACGUAUUAAUCUGUUAUAUGUCGGCGUGUUUGGCCAACCAAUAUAACAAAAUCCAAAUUUUCAAAAUGGCGGCUAGCCGUUUUGUUGAAGUUAGUGAUAAAGAAAUAAGCGAAAUUAAAAUGAAUUCAGACCAGAAAAAAAACACAAAAAACUUGUGCAAAAAUACUAAAACAAUUAUUCGCCUCAGGCUCGGUGAUUAUCGAGGAAUAUUCACCUCGACUUCGUCUCGGCGAAUAUUCCCCGAUAAUCACCUCGCCUUCGGCGAAUAAUUGUUAAAUAUCAGCACGAGUGGAAAUUGGGAAAACGAGAAAUGUGUGGAAACGGAGUGUUUUCACACAAUUUCUCGUUUCCCCAAUUUCCACGAGUGUUCAUAUAACUGUAUAUGAAUACGGAAAAAAUGUUCUGUAUUAAUUUGUUUUGUAAUAAUUAUAGCACAAAGAAACAUAAAGAAAGACAUUUUCCGACGUUUCCGUGUUGACAUUGAGUUAUAUCAACACGGUUCUUAGCCAAUCAACGUUCAGAAUUUACAAAUGCUCUAUUAAAAUCUAUUAUUGGUCAUGAUAUUUAAUUUAGGUUUAUACAUCUCAAAUUGUCUGUGUUAGCGUAGGUAUAGAGAUGAGAACAACCAGCAAUCUUUAUAGGAAGUAUAUACAAGUAUACCUAAAAAUAUAAUCAAAACGUCGACGUUUCGAGCGGCUCUUCAUGAGGAAUUUACUCGCUGACGAAGGGCUUUCGUUCGAAACGUUCGAAGUUUUGCUUAUAUUUUUAGGAAUAGUUGGACUAAUUCCUAUAGAGAUUGCUGCUAUGGGUUUAUAUAUGUUUUAAAUUAAGUGUUGACAUACUGUACCUUAACUAGAAACAUCUAACCAUAGUAGCCAAUAUUGUACGUGGCUAUCAAUUCUAACAUAAUACUUAUCUUUAAUGAUUUUCUAGAUAUCAAUUUGAAAGGAAGUAAUCGAAUGGCUUAGUUAUUGCUACAGAAUGGCUGCGAAACCAUUUUCUAAAGAACAAUUAAAUUUCUUUAAAUUUGGCACACUUGUUGUUGAUGAGUUUCCCAAAGUCGUGCGUGGAUUAUUUAUCACCAUGUGGGACACCAACGUAGCUACAAAGCCAGGAUUCAUGGUUUGGGAUGAUAGUGCCAAAGUGCGGAACAUGCUCCGUAUGUCUGAAGGUGGUAAAUCUGCUAUACCAACUACGAAAUUAAUUGAGGAGUGGGAUAACACAGCUUUGUUUAAAGCAACAAUCUAUGCCAAAAUAUUUGGUGUUCCAACUUUAAAUGAUUUACACUUGACGAAAGUGAAACCAGCUUCAGGCACCUUUCACGCAUCCGUUCGAAGUUCUUCAGGAAAUCAGGAAGAGACGUACGCCUUGGUGAUCGAUCAACUGAGAUUGUUGAGAAACGAAUAUUGCCAUUUAUCCAAAGCGGAACUAAGUAAAGUUCAUUUCGAUACAUAUGUACAGUUGGUGAUCAACGCUUUAAAAGAAGUUAAUUUUGACACUACCUCUGUUGAUGCUAUUGGUCAGAUGACCGAGAAUGAUUUCCCGACCGAGAAAGUUCAAAAAUUAUGUGAUUGUCAUGUGAAGGAGUUACAAGCCAUGAAUAUGUUUCAUGAGAGUGUAGAGCAGAAAUUAUCUGAUAUUCAUGAGAUGAUGAAAAACACCAGUUUGGGCGAUAAGGGAGAACCUGGUAAGGUGAAAAUGAUGUUUGUAUUUUACUAGUGUAUAACAUAAUUUAUCAAUAUACAGUACACUUCAUCAUACCCCCACCCCUUGGGGUAUGAUGAAGUGAAAAGUAAAAAGACUUGCAGGUUGCACAAUUGAUACUUUUGGUACAAGUUAUUAGCUCAUAUUUUUUCUGUGUUGGUGCCAUGUACUCAGGUGAAUAUGAUGUUUGCGAUGUUACUCUGAGUGUAUAUCAACACCGGGCAAGCUUGAAAAAUUUGCCUGGCCACGGUGGGAAUCGAACCUACAAUACUAGCCCAAUGCUCUGCCAACUGAGCUACGCGGUCAAGUAUGUGAUAUUUCGGAACUGAGUCUAUAUGUAGAUAUCCUUCCUUCGAUAUCAUUGCAAUCUAGUAUAAGUCCUGCAGUUGGCAGAGCAUUGGGCUAGUAUGUAUUCCAAAGGUCGUAGGUUCGAUUCCCACCGUGGCCAGGCAUAUUUUUGAAGCUUGCCCAGUGUGGAUAUACACUCAGAGUAACAUAACAAACAUCAAGAUAUUAGCUAAUGAGAAGCCACGUACUGUAGUGACUAAAAUUAUCUUCGCAAUUUUUACAACCCACCUUUUGCAUUGUCAGACUAUUUCACAUUGAUAUUGUAAUUAUGGACAUAUGCUUAUUUCAUUUGGCUUGCAUUGUGACAGAUAUAACACAGAUUGGAUCAGGUUAUCUACAGUCAUGCAAUUUUGUAUAUCGUUGUCCGUACAUGUAACAAGUUUGGCUAUCGUAUUCUAAUGCAUUAUAUAAAAAAACCCCUUAUAAUAGAAGCAUAUUUUAACCCUAUAUAUAGGAACAUUACCCAAGCCACAUAUUCCAAGAUCUGAUCCCAUGUUUACUGGCAGAGAAGAUGAAAUUAAACAAAUUACAGACCUCAUAACUGACCAAUCAACACGACUGCUAAACAUUUGGGGAUCUCCUGGAUUUGGUAAGACAUCCACAGCUGUUGAAGUAGCACACCGCCUUAAUAUAUCUCUCGGGUACGCAGUUUAUUUCUUUAUAUUGCAAUAUAUUAACACAGUAGAUAAGUUUCUCUCGAAGGUUUUAAGUAUUUUUACGUGUAAUGUAGUAGAUCCUAAUGUAAGGCCUUCAGACAGGCUAGUAAGUUAUUUUAGAGAAAUCUCUUCUCCAGUUAUUCUCGUGUUUGAUAAUCUUGAUGAUAUUUUAACGAGCGAAACCUGCAGUUCCACUGAACUAACUAAUUUAUUUAAUGAAUUUUUAGACAGUAGUGUUAACAUUAAGAUAGUUUUCACAACGAGGGGGCUUUUACAAACAACACGCGGUCAAGGGAAAGGAUUUAGAGAUGUAAGAAUUCGGCCUCUGAGUUCAUCUUCAUCAUUUGAAUUUGUGCGCCACCUUCUUCCUUCAUUUUCAGAAAAUGUUGUAGCUAGGGUGGUUAGAAUUUCUUUCUAUGUUCCUCUGGCAAUGAAAAUCCUUGCUUCUUCGUUAGUUGAAAACUCUGAAGAUAUUGCGAAUAAAAUGCUGGAUGAAUUUAAUUUUUCUGAAAAUCUUUUAGAGCAGAUAGACAUGCAUGGGUACGAGGAAAAAAUGCAAAAAAUAUUCGAGUCUGUUUUUGAGCGGUUGACAUUACAUGAGAAACAGGCGUUGAUUUGUCUUACAGCAUGUUCUUCUGAUGCGAUAAGUGAGGAUGCCGCGAUAGACGUUGUUUCUGGAGAAAUGGGAAGUACAUCAAAAUCAGUAAAGAGCCUUGGCACACUUGUCAAAAAAGCUUUCAUUGAUAAAAGUCUCAUUAGCAAAUAUUACUCUAUUCAUCCUCUCAUCCAUUCUUUUCUCAUGGAUAAAGGAAAACAAAGUGAUUUUGAAACUGUUCUAAAUUCCUCUCGACUUCGGUUUUGUAGAUAUUACUUACUUCUUUUUGAAAGAUUAAAUGACGAUUUCCUUGCCGGAAAGUUGGUCGAUAGUCCUCAGCUACAAGACACAAUGUACCAUCUAUCGACUGCCAUGUUUCAGUCUAUCGCAAAUGGUUCAGAAAAUUGCAACGAUGUUUUUCGCAUCUUAUCAAAGUCUGAAAUAUUUUUUUUCUUAAUUAAUGUUCCCCACAGUGCGUCACAGAAUAUUCAUAAACUCUACGACUUAGCAAUAGAGAAAUCUAAAACCUUAACCAAUGACUUCAUUUACUUGAAACUACAUGUCAGCAAGUAUUUCCAACGAAUUGCAUUUUCCCUUUUUGUCCAGGAUAUAAAUGUAGGCAUACCGAAAUCCGUUCGUGAAAAUAUCGUCAAAUUAUCUGACGGUACUGCAGCAAAACUCUUUUGCUAUGAAGCUAUUCAUGAUAUUUGCAAUGGGAUGGUUGUUCGUAAUGGUAUUCAGCAAAUUGAAAAGUAUCUUGAUAGUUUGCAAGAUUGCGCUAAUCACUUACUUUUCAAAUGUAUGUGCCUUCAGAUUCUUGUCGCUUAUUAUAGUAGUUUGAAUCAAUUGGAUAAAUCAUGUAAGUUUAGGGAAAUGGCUUUUGACGUUUGUUCCAAAAUUGGUAAUUUGAAUCUCUUUUUGAUUGAUGAUUGUGAUCACAAAACGGAGGAUGUGAACGAAUCUUUAAUUUUGUUCAGCUAUCUCUUUAGCAUGUGGUCAAAAACAUUUUCCUCAGCGGAGAUAAAACGGCACGUUUUUAAUUAUGUUUAUAAACUGCAGCAACAAAAGGAGGUUGAAGAAUGUAGUUCAUAUUAUGUAUAUCAAAUUAUUUGUUACUGUUAUUAUGUUGUAGCUUCUCUUGGUGUGAGUUUCGGACAAAAACCUAUUAUGGAUGAAAACAUUGAAUCCCUUCACAAAUUACUCAUAGGGUUUCAAGAUUCUAGUGACGUGAGAGAUAAAGCAUUUUGCGAUAUUUCACAGAAAACUAUGGGUAUGGAGUAUUCGAUUGGACAUUUGCUUUUUUCCUAUCAUCUGAAAGUUGAGUUCACAGAUGACAAAGAUCUGAGCAUCGAAGCAUGUCGCAAUGCACUUGAUCUUUCACUUCAACAUUUUGGCGAGCGACACAAACAUACUGCUCAAUGUUACAGCAAUAUUGGCGUGGCUGAAAAUAACGCUGAAAAUUACAUUUCUUCUCUUCAUGCUUUUGAUCAAGCCCUUGAAAUAAUGUUGACUGUAAACCGUGAACCUGACGACUUCAAAUUUUUAGCCGACCUUUAUCUUAAUAAGGGGGGAACCCAUGGAAGAUUGGGUGAGUCUAAGCAAGCUAUUGAAUGUUAUGAGGAAGCACUUAAUAUCAAGGCAAAAAAUUAUGAUGAGGAAAGUGAAGAGAUUGCUGAAAUUCUAUUUUUGACAGGGUGGUUGCAAUAUAAGCGUAUGAAAUGGACUUCAGCUCUUGCAACACUUGAACGUGCUCUGCGCACAAGGAUUAAGCUAUUUUCGGAGAAGCGCUGCUCGUAUAAGAAUUUAGUUGUAAAUUAUCAUACUGUUGGAUGUGUGUAUGAUUGUCUUGGCAACGACAGUGAAAGUAAACUGUGUUUUGAAAGUGCACUAGAGAUAUUGAAAACCUGUGCGGAUGAUCGUGAAAGUAAAGAAUAUGUGUUUUGGAUUUACUUAGCACUUUUAGAUUUGAAGUUAGAUGAAAACUUUUACAUGGAAGUGCUUGAUGCCAGCCUACCAGUGAUCAACGAAUAUAAUAAGUCGUUGUCACCUAUCUUGUAUUUGAGAGUCUGUUUAAACCAACUUCAGUUAGGAAAGAAAGAAGCCGGUCUAGCGUUUCUUCAAAAAGCUCUUGACUCACAUUCAGAUGCGAUUCAGCGAGAACAUGCUGAUAUUCGAGAACAUACGGUAUGGUGCUACAGCGCAGUGGUUUCCAAGUUAAUUGAUACUGGAGAGUAUAAACUAGCGAAGAACACACUUGACAGGGGUCUUCAAAUUGCAGAGUCAAUUCCGGGAGGUCGGAAACCUUCCGUCAUAUUCCGUUGUUAUUUGUUGAAGGGCCGCAUUCACAUCGAGGAGCAAGAAUAUGCUUUAGCAAUUCAGUCACUUCAACAUGCACAUCUGCAGUUUUCGGAGGUUUCUUUUGAAACUGGUGACGUAUUCAAAGAAUUUCAUUGUCGUAAGCUCAUUGCUCUUGCGCAUUACCAUCAAGGAAAUUAUAAAGAUGCGCUGUGCGACGUGUUGUCCAUUAUAAAAGAUCGUUUGCUUGAAGGAAGCAAAGAUCAUGCUGACAUGUAUAUUUUGGUAGCAAAUAUUGCGCUCAAAAUGAAAAACAAAAAAUUAGUUGUAAGAAAUUUGCACUUGGCGUACGAGGCGUAUUCAAAAGUUCUAGGAAAAAAUCAUCCCAAGACACGUCAAACUUACAUGUACAUUGCUUAUGUUGAAGAAUACGCGCAAGGUUAUACUUGUUUGUCAUAAGCUGUUUGUUGACUUUCUAUACGAGUUCGGAAAUAUUGCAUUGUUGUACAGUAGUUUCCAUUGACGGACAGAAUCAACUAUAAUAUAAUAUUAUAAUAUUAUAAUAAACGUGUCUCAUAAAAAACUCUGGCAACCAGAACAGUGAUUUAGAUCGGUAAAACAGCUUUGCAACUUUCAAUUUUCACAAUGCUGCAGCUUAUUCGAGAUAUAUGUCUUUAUCAUAUGCCUAUAGGAACAUAGGACCAGAAGCUAUAGCCAUUCUCUUCAGCAUUUCAAUUUUACAUUUCUCCC